UUUUUUAUCAAUGGGUACGUGCGUAUUCGUAAGCACAGUACAGCAAAAUUACACCGGCGCACAAUUUAACCACGUCGUGCCUCAUUUUGUGCCAAAAAAUGAAAGUUUAGCCUCUUUUAAAUGGUCAUUUAACUCAUUUUGUUGCUUGAAAAAAAUUGAAAAUUUUGAUAACCUAUACGUACUUUCAUGAUUGAAUUUUUCAAUUUUCUCUUGGCAAUUCGAUUGAUCGCUACUCUUGGAGAAUUUCGCGGAAAAUUUUUUAUCGACUUCGGUCCACUUCAUGUACUUAUAUGCCCAUGUACGAUGUCACGUACAUUUGAGUGACGUGUGACAGUUUAGAGAAAAUUCAAAUAUCACAUUUAUCAUGGAAAGCUUCUUUGCGAGACAGACAGAAGGUUUACGUGUCCUCGACGAUACGGAAAUUACUUUUGGAAUUUCUUACGGUCCGACAAUUUUCAAAUCCCAUAAGAAAAGCGAGGUUAUGUAAAAUAAUUAAUUCUUGAGGAGUUUCUGAUUACCCAUGGAUUUCUCAUUUUCAAGAAAACGAUAUGUCCAAGAAUCUUCCACUUCGUUUAGUCAACCGACAUUUUGUGAUAAUUCGAGAAAAAGAAAUUCACGUGGUUAUAAAAAUUUUCAAAACGAACAAGUAUUCGUGGAAGAUUGUUUUUGCGAUUGCGAAAAAUGCUUGAAGACAGUUCGUCAAAAUAAAAAAUCUAAUAAAAUUGGACGCUCGAAAAAACUGUGUAAGUCAUUAAAAUCGCCAAUAUCAAAAGCUCGCAUCGAAUGCGUCUGUCAAAAUCAGCAAGCAGAGAAAGAUUCCAAUUGUUCGAUAUAUUGUCGAUGCCCGGAACAAGUAUUUCCAAAAGUGACACGAUCAAAAAAUUCUUUAAGAAAACUUCCGAAAAGUCCAAAAUCAGUGAAUAAAGUAUCUGAGGAAUUUCAUAGAAGAGGGAUAAUCAUGAAAAGCGAACAAUAUAAAAAAUUUCAAGAGCAUUGUCGAGCUUUGAAAUCGAAAGAACGUGUGAACUGUUGCAGAAAAUCCCAAUGCAAUUUUCAAAAUUUUGACAGUUCUCCACAGGUGACAGAAAACUUUUCCGAAUGUAUUUCGGAAACUGAUCCAGUAUGCACGUGCAGUUCAUAUGAUCGUGCGAAAUAUCCUAUUUAUAAAAAAUACAGUGACGACAAGAUGAGAAAUUUGCAAAAUAACUUGGAGUAUUUUUCAAAAAAAUCAAAAAAUCCAAACAAUUUUAAUUUUAAGUAUCCGAUUACCACCAAUUGCAAGGAAUGUCACGAGUAUCCGCAGAAUGUCACCGACGAAUACGAUGGAUCCAGAGAGAAUCUGUGGGAUUUAAAAAAGGCAUUUCGGCAUUUAAACAUUUCAAAACCACGAGAUAAAGGAAUCGUUAGAAAAUGUCCUGUCAGUAAGGAAUUGAUAUUCAAUAAAAAAUUUAGACAUAAGAAAUCAUCACCACGUGACCUGAUUCUAAAAGAUCCGAAGGGCCGUUCCAAAAAUCACACUUGUUCCUGUUCCUCGAGUUCGGUAUAUAAUGAAUUAAAGGACCCCGUUAGAACUCUCGAAUCAUUUUGCGAGAAGGUUAAGGCAAUAAAUCGAUCGGAGCCAAUUUUAUCAGCUUCGAGAUCACCGAAAAAAUAUAGAACUGCUGGUAAUUUUACAAAUUUUGAUAACUCACGACCUUUUCGAGCUACGAAGAAUCUGAAGCAGGCGUACCCGUCAAAAGUGACAACACCGAGAGAACACAGUCGUCUUAAUAAAUACAGUUGCUGUUCGUGUUGCAAGAGAAAAAAUUCCUGGCACAGUGAUGCCCGGAAUAGUCCAAAAACUGAUAGCAGUGGAGCCACCAAAUUGCGUUCAAUAUCGAAAUCCCGGCAAAUUUCAAAGCAGGACAAGUUUCAGGGCAAACCACUGAAAAAGAUGUCGGAAAAAAUGUUAAUCUAUCCGCCAGACGGUCAAGACGGACCGCCGUUAACUUUAUUUCGAGACUCUUCGAGAGUGGAUUGCCGAAUAAAAGGAAAUCCACGGAAAGGAUUUCGAUACGACGUAACAUAUAUUCAAAACUUCGUGAGUCCCACGUGGCGUCCCGAGGAAGAGAGCGCAAGUACUAAAGAAUCUGAUGAAACUUAUGAAAAGUGCACCUGUUGCAUGGAUCACGGCUGAAUGGAAUUUUUGGAAAAUUUUUGGCAUUAGUUUCCAAUAGCAAAACCAUGGCAUCGAUACGCUAGCUUUUUGCACAUUCAAAAAAAAGCGACGAAUGUUUUCUUUUAUGCCAAUACUAUUCGUAGGUUCUUUAUGUAACGAACUUUUGUAAAGUCUAUUUUACAUCAUUAUUUUUUUUUACUGUGACAAUCAGCUAAUUUUUGUAAAGCUGUUAUUGGACGUUUAAUACCUAAUUUUUUUUUAUACGUUAUAUAAAUAUCUGAAAAGUCUUUUUUUUUAUUUUCUAAAUGACAUUUGAAUUUCGUCUUUCGAACGAGAGACACUUCAAAUUAUUAAGCGUCAAAAUAUCAAAGUGAUUAAUAGCGAAGAGAAAUAUAAUUUUGCGAAAUGUGUAAAGGAAAAUCAUAAAUUUAUAAAAUGCCAAGACAGCUACGGCUAGUAGUAGGAAUAGCCUUAAUUCUUUUGGCAGUAGAUCAUAUUCUGUCUCAUUAACCAAAAAAGCUGUUUCGAUAAUUUCCUGUCACCAACGUGUGGAACGAUCAAAAAAUUUAGCAAUCAGACAAAAUUCUCACACGUGCCGUUUGUUAAGGUGAAAAUUUUAAAAAUGCGUGUACUGGACAUUGCAAUUGUCACGUUAUUAUUAUACUGUGCCUACGAGAUAUUACGGUAAACGUCCAUAAAAUCCAGCUGAUGCAACAAAUUCCGAAAAAUCCCCACACCGUAUAAAUUGCAAAAGCAAAAUGAGGCUGAACCGAAUUGAAAUAAGUGAAAUAGAUCUAUUAAAAAGCAAAAGGAUAAAUAUGUACCUAUAAAAAUAUAAAGUGCUCCAACAGAAUCGUCAACGACACUUAAUAUGCACCAACGUCAUUCAAAACAUAAAUAAUCCAAUUUCCCCAUCGGGUCUGUUAAACUAUCCCAGUGAAAAGUUUCUUCGAAAGAAUCCUCAGACCUUUCGAAAGUCCAAAACAAGUAUCCAUAAUGACUAUACAGCUGAUACUGGUGUCUGAAACUAUCAGGUUACCAAAAACUUGAGUUUGGGACAAACUUUCACAGUUCAUGACAUUCACUGAACUUUGCCAUAGGCUGUUCUUCACGUACUCGUUACACAUGCUGCCACUGAGAUCAAAUUAUGACAUCAGUCGAGUAGAGAUCAGGUAAACCCAAGUAAAAAAAAAAAAAAA